GGUUUGUCGACUGUUUGUUUGGCAGCAAUAGGAUGGUAGAUUCCAACUGUUUUACAGACAGUUCGUGAUCGGAACUGUCAGUCGGACGUACGACAACUGGUGACAGUGGGUUGAAUGGUGACGUCGCAUUCGUCGCACUAACGGUGCAAAGGUUUGAUCACACAGCAGAGGCAGCAUGGGAAACGAACAAUCGUCUAAGAAUAAAGACGCUGGCACAGACACGACACCUGUAGAAAUCUCAACUGCUUUCGAACAGUCCCCUACACCUGCAAAAUCUGCAGCCAUAGUGGCAAAAGGCAGUUCCAGAAGGCAGAACAGGAAUGUGCCAGUGACCAUCGACCAUCAACAGAAAGACAGACAAGUAAACGGGUGUCAUGAAGAUCAGAAUGGUCACGAUCAUGCUAUUGAAAGAGCACAUUCAAAAAAAAUACCUCUUGCUUCAAAUUCUUGUCUUCACAAGUCGGCACAAGCUGGUCUCACUAGCACUGAGGAUUUCACAGCUGUUGUUCUUCGAAAAACUGUUAAAGCUGCUGAUGGAUCAGCACUAGCUGCACAACAUUCUGACAGUUUGGAUAGUUGGAAGCAACCUUUGCCACUGCUGGUGCAAAUUAAAGGUCGAAAGCAUGUUCAAGUUCGUCUUGCUGAGUGUACAAUGAAGUCGUUGAAUGAAGGUGACGUCUUUCUUUUGCUCACUGAAACGGAGUUGUUCCAAUGGAUUGGGCACGAGUCAAAUGGGUUUGAAAGAGCCAAGAGUGGUGAUGUAUCAUCUUGUAUUGUGCGAGGAAAAGAGAUGGGAUGUAGAGCUAAAUCAGUCAUUGUAUUUGAACCCCAGUCUGUUGAGCAACAACCUCAGAAUAUGCAGCACUUUCUGAAACUGUUGGGAGGCUCGUCCAGCUCUCUAGUCAAUGCUGCAUCAGUGGGUGGUAGUGAUGAGAAAUUUCAACAGGAGAGCAUUGAAUUAGGCACUGUGUAUGCUGUUGCUGAACAACAAAAGAAGCUAGUACGUUUGAGUGAAAAAUGUGGUAGAGUUCUUGAGUAUUCUAUGCUCACUCCAACUGAAGUUUAUGUUUUUGACUUCUUUACUGAAGUAUACAUCUGGAUUGGUCGUUGUGCAUCACGGGAGAUACGACAACAGGGGAUGCAACAAGCCAAAGACCUUUACAAAGCUGGCUACCAAGAGGAUAAGAAGCGUUCUAAGAGUUUCCAUCGUCUCGGCAAUUGGAUGAGUACCCGUAGACGAUCACGGCCAAAUUGGGCAUUGCUGAUGAAAGUAACAGAAGGAGCUGAGCCUUUUUUAUUUAAAGAGAAGUUUGUUGACUGGCCAGGCACAGGAAGCAUUCUCAGAUCACAACAAAGAGUAUCAAUCAUCUCAAACAUAUCUACAAAACCUAUUCAGCUGAAACCUUGUGAUAUAACUGCAAUGAAGAAAAGACCUCCAUCGCUGCCUGACUUUGUACUGUUUGGCAAAAAUCUUGGUAGGGGAUUAACAGUUACGUCAAGCACACAUGAAACAGCUCUGACAGUUUGGAAUAUUAAAGAGUUUGAUUAUCACAAAGUGCCUGAAAGUCAAUAUGGCCUAUUCUAUUCAAAUGAAUGUUAUGUUAUUCGUUGGUCACAGAGCUUCCGUAGUAGAAGUACCAGCAAUGCCAGACACUCAAACAGAUUAUCAAUUGUCAAUCAAGACAACUGUUGCUAUUUUUUCUGGCUUGGAGAAAAAUGCACAGUAACAGAACAAGGAGCAACAGCCAUGCUGACAGUUGAACUUGAUGAAGAAAGAGGACCACAGAUACGAGUUUGUCAAGGAAAAGAACCACCAGCAUUUCUUCAGUUGUUCAAUGGUGGGAUGAUCAUCUGUUCAGAAGAACGGUCCCGAUGCCAAAGACAAACUAGAAAUAGAAUGUUUUGGAUAGGAGGAGAAAUGCCAAAUGAAGCCCAUUUAGUUGAAAUUCCAGUGCCCAGUGCUCAUGCUCUUCGGUCUCAUUCUUGCUUGUUGGUGUCAGUUCCUGAAAGACAUGAAAUAAUACUAUGGAAAGGUUGUAAGGCAGCAGAGAAUUCUUGCUCUGUUGCUGAAACAGCUGCCAAUCGUCUUCUAGAAAGACUUCGUCUUGAAGAGAAGGGAGAUAUGCAACUACUGAAUAUAGUGGAAGGUCAUGAAGAUGCAAAAUUCUGGAAAGCUGUUGGAGGAAAACAAGAUUAUUAUAGUCUCUUGCAAGAAUCAAAAUAUGAGCCGUUUACACCACGGUUGUUUCGACUGAGUCGUGCUUCAGGGAAGUUUGCAGCUGAAGAGGUUCUGUGUCCAUCUCGUCCGCCUGAUGGCAUCUGCACAUUUCCUUUCAUGCAGAGUGAUUUAUACAAUUCUUCACAACCUGCCAUAUUUCUGUUGGAUGCUCAAUGCUGUGUGUACUUGUGGUGUGGUUGGUGGCCUGCUGAUCAAACAGAUGGAAAUUCAAAAUCAAUAACAGGAUUGGCUGCAAGUCAGUGGUCACAAGACAAAGAACUGGCAAUGAAAACAGCAGUCAAUUACGCCAAAUCUAUUGGUGAAGACUGUCCAGCAUAUACUGUGGUAGCUGGUUGGGAACCUCCUCAAUUCAAGUCUGUGUUUCCUGUGUGGCUAGAUCUGAAAGAGCAAUAUGGUGUGACAAAUCAUAAGUGUGAUCAAAACAAACUUCAGCUCAUUCAACAACUGACGACAGCUGACAGAAAGUUUACUAUUGAGGAACUUCGUGCACGAACUACACCCAGUGGCCUAGAUCCUAUCCGGUUGGAGUCAUACUUGUCAGAUAAAGAUUUUAAGGAGGUGUUUGGAAUGUCACGUGAUGCAUUUUCUGCUCUCCCUGCUUGGAAGAAAACGCAAGCAAAGCAAGCAGUAGGGCUUUACUGAUGAUCUUACUCCAACACGUACUGGUAACUGCAGAUGUCAUGAUUAUUAGUAGACAAAAAGAUUAAUUAAACAUCUAUGCUUGUAAUACUGUACGUAUAAUAGAGUAACAUAAACCAUGCAUAUAUAGUCAUAUGUUGUAGCUUACUCAGCAGACUUAUAAACAUUACUGCAAAAACAGUCACACAUCAUGGCUAACAAGACUUCCUUAAAACAAUACCAGUUUUGUUCUUAGUAAACAAGACAGGUGACAGCAGUGAACA